UCUAAUUUCUUUUCAGAUUUCGCUUGGAUAAUGAGUUGAUGAGUCAGAAUAUCAGGGUAGGGCUUUGGUGAGAGCUUACUUUCCGAGAGAAUGCUAUUUUACACAGACAGGUGUGUGAUACUGAAACCACCACCGUUAUUUGUCAGCACAUGCGUUAGUCAUCAGGUCUCUCUCUGCUACUUGUCUCAUUUUUAAGAACUGGUUGGGUAGGUCUUACCAACUGAGAGAGAGAGAGAGAGAGAACGCAGGAGACCAGAUCCAGACAGGUUAUUUUCUCUUUGCAAGUCACACAGGUGCCUCUCUUGAACAGGGGUGACUGACAGAGAUUAGAGAGAGAGAGAGAGAGAGAGAGAGAGAGCAGGGGUGUCAAACAGACCAGCUUGUCCCCCUCUCUCACUGUUUGGUGCAAGACCAACAGCUGGGCCUUUAAUAAAAUAUUGAACCUUUCGAACACAAACCCGGAGACAAGAUGCCCCGGGCUUUUCUGGUGAAGAUUCGGAGUGACAACGUGAGGACUCGGAGCUGGGGAGAGAUACCUGACCAAAUGCGAGCUGACAUUUACAUCCCCCAUCCCCGGGAUAUCAUUCAAUACCAAGACAGUGAAGUGGAUGUGUCGCCCCUGUGCCUGUCUGCGGAGGAGAACCCAGAGAAGGAAUUUUCCUAUGAUACAGACUCCAGUAUAUCUGCACAGGACAUUGAAAAUGGAACCCACAGCAACAUUGACCAGGGAUUCACACGCUCCAAGAUAAAGGUCACCCGGGGGACGUGUUCAGACGAGAUUCUCAGCUGCCCGUUCUGCCAGAAAACCUUCCAAUACCAGCGCAUGCUCAACAGGCACCUCAAGUGUCACAAUGAUGUCAAAAGACAUCUCUGCGACUUCUGCGGGAAAGGAUUCAACGACACGUUUGACCUCAAGCGACACGUCCGAACGCACACAGGGAUCCGGCCCUAUAAAUGUCACCUGUGUGAAAAGGCCUUCACACAACGGUGCUCACUCGAGUCCCACCUGAAAAAGAUCCAUAGUGUGCACCAGUCCUACGCUUACAAGGAGAGGCGGACUAAACUGUACGUGUGUGAGGAGUGUGGCUUCACAGUUGAGAGCCAGGACGGUCACCUCAUCCACCUGAAGGAGGAACACCCCAACAGCCCGAUCCUGCUCAAAGCCUCGAAGAAAGCCACAGCGAUGAAAGCUGGCUCCAAUUAGCUCGCUACUGGAGACCCACAGCAUGUCAUCUCUGCUCUCUGUAAACCUCUCUCCUCCCCAUCCAACACACUCCCAUCAUCACCACAGGGCUCUCGGGAGGUGGGGCUGAUCUGUACCAAAGCUCCCCCCCCCCGACGAUCCGGGCAGCACGGUGGCUCAGUGCCUCCCAGCACCAGGGUCCCAGGUUCGAUCCCAC